AUUUAGAAUCUUUCCUUCGGCUGUCAGCCAGUGGCCUCUCUCUCCCUGUCUUUGCAUUUGCUGACUCAAUCACACACUGCCACCCUCGCUCAGCCACCGUUGCUGUCGACUACGCAGCCACCGUCGCCGUCGAUUUCUUCCGACAUCGCUUCCCAUUGGAAAUUGAAGUAUAUUGGGUUGCCUUUUUUCUUUUUCUUUAUUAGUUACUAUUUUCAGUGUCGAGAGACCAAAUAUAUAUGCUGUUAGAUAUUGCUCUGUGAAUGGAGAAAUACUAGGGUGGAUAGGGGCCUGACUCGCAUUAGUCCUUAAAUGGAUGAAGUUGGCGGAGGAGGAGGAGGAGGAGGAGGAGGUGGAGGAGGAGGAGGAGGGCCAUGAAUCUUGUAGGAAGAGACAGCUUAAGACACUAAGAGAUAAGUAGAUACUUCGUCGAGCUACCGGUUAGGAAUGGGGUCCGAGCAGAACAGAUUCCCUCAGCAGGAACGGGGAAAGAGAUGGGGUGGAUGUUGGGGUGCAUUAUCUUGUUUUCACUCUCAGAAAGGAGAGAAGCGCAUUGUACCUGCAUCUCGUUUACCUGAGGGCAAUGCCGUGACAACCCAACCUAAUGGACCUCAAGCAGCAGGAAUGACCAACCAGGCUACAGUUAUAACUCCAUCCCUUCUAGCCCCACCUUCGUCACCAGCAUCUUUUACAAAUUCUGCACUCCCUUCAACAGUCCAAUCACCUAGUUGUUUCAUGUCGCUGUCUGCCAACUCACCUGGAGGUCCUUCAUCCACAAUGUUUGCUACAGGGCCAUAUGCGCAUGAAACACAGCUGGUUUCUCCUCCUGUUUUCUCAGCCUUCACCACUGAACCAUCAACUGCUCCCCUCACCCCCCCACCUGAACUAGCUCACCUAACCACACCUUCUUCCCCUGACGUGCCGUUUGCUCAGUUCCUGUCCUCAUCGGUGGAUCUCAAAGGAACUGGAAAGGCCAAUUACAUUGCUUCAAAUGAUCUUCAAGCAGCAUAUUCUCUCUACCCUGGAAGUCCUGCCAGUAGCCUCGUGUCUCCAAUUUCAAGGACCUCUGGCGAUUGCUUAUCAUCUUCAUUUCCUGAGAGGGACUUCCCACCACAGUGGAAUCCUUCAGCUUCUCUCCAAGAUGGAAAAUAUCCAAGAAGUGGUUCUGGUCGGUUAUUUGGAAAUGAGAAAGCUGAUACAUCGUUGGCAUCUCAGGAUUCUAAUUUCUUCUGCCCUGCUACAUUUGCACAAUUCUAUCUGGACAAUCCACCAUUCCCUCACACUGGUGGGAGGUUAAGUGUAUCGAAGGAUUCAGAUGCCUACUCUUCUAGUGGGAAUGGAUACCAGAACCGGCACAAUAAGUCUCCAAAACAAGAUGUGGAGGAAAUAGAAGCUUACCGAGCAUCGUUUGGUUUCAGUGCGGAUGAAAUUAUAUCUACUACCCAGUAUGUGGAGAUAUCUGAUGUAAUGGAGGAUUCCUUUACUAUGAGACCUUUUACCUCAACUAAUUUGUCAGCAGAAGAAAGUAUUGAACCUCCAUUGUUGGGUGAAAAGCUAAAAUCCACACACACAACUUUACAGAGUCAGAGGAGUAUUAAAUCAGCACCUGAGGUUGUUGAAAAGGAAACCUGCACUGAAGUGUUGGCAUUAUGCAAUGGUUAUAAAGAUAAUAAAUUGCAAAGACAACCUGGUAACAUGUCAGGAUCAAGUACUUCAAACCAAGUUGAAAAAGACCUAUUCUCAAGGAUAGGUUCAUUAAAAAAUAGUCGCAAGUAUAAUCUUGGUUUAUCCAGCUCUGAUGCAGAAGUCGACUACAGAAGAGGAAGGAGCCUAAGGGAGGCCAAGGGAGAUUGUUCAUGGCAAUGACUAAGACAGCCUCUAGAAUAGAUUACAGUAUGUUUGUGUAUCUGUUUUUCUACUUUGCAGGUUUCCAUGAAAUGUCUAACGUAUGAUCUAACUUGAUGGCUCCCUGAAUUAUGAGUUGGCCACUGGAUGGAAAAAUGAUUAUUAUUUGUGUUUAUCGUGCCAAUUUAGAUAUGGAUUGGGUCGAAUUUCUGUAUUUGGUAAACGAAUUUGACUUUUCUUCAAUGAAUUAUAUAUGUUGUAUAAUCUACUUGCACGUUCAGUA